CACCCCUAGACAAAAACCAAGAACAUUUUUUGUAACUCAGGACAUCAGCGUUGGGAGUGACGAAUCCUGUUCGGUUCGAGUUUUGAGGUAUUUGGCAAAAAUACCGACAGGCGAUAGAAGCACGCGAAUCAAACGAAUAAGCCUCGUAUUUUAAUACGCAGAAAUGGACUGAGAGAGCGCACACACUUUCAGCUUACUGAAUAACACUUAUGAAAAACUAGAGGAAUCCAGAGAAAGGAGGGUUUCAGAAGGAACAGUUUUUGGAGAAGGAGGAGGAGAGUACCUGAAGCUGCCAAGAUGGACUGGAAGAUGUUCCAAGCGCUCCUUAGCGGGGUGAACAAGUACUCGACGGCAUUCGGGCGGAUCUGGCUGUCGGUGGUGUUCGUGUUCCGGGUGCUGGUGUACGUCGUCGCGGCAGAGCGCGUCUGGGGGGACGAGCAGAAGGACUUUGACUGCAACACCAAGCAGCCAGGCUGCCCCAACGUCUGCUACGACCACUUCUUCCCCAUCUCCCACAUCCGCCUGUGGGCGCUGCAGCUCAUCUUCGUCACCUGCCCCUCGCUCAUGGUGGUGAUGCACGUGGCGUACCGUGACGAGCGGGAGCGCAAGUACCGGGCCAAGUUCGGCGAGGACACCAAGCUCUACGACAACACGGGCAGGAAGCACGGCGGCCUGUGGUGGACCUACCUGCUGAGUCUCUUCUUCAAGACGGGCAUCGAGAUCGUCUUCCUCUACCUGCUGCACAUGAUCUACGACAGCUUCUACCUUCCCCGGGUGGUCAAGUGCGAAGUCAAGCCCUGCCCCAACCAGGUGGACUGCUACAUCGGCCACCCCACGGAGAAGAAGGUCUUCACCUACUUCAUGGUGGGCGCCUCGGCCCUGUGCAUCGUUCUGAGCGUGUGCGAGAUCAUCUACCUGAUCGCCAAGCGCAUCGCGCGCGUCGUCCGCAAGAUGAAGAGCCGCGACCGCCUGGUGGAGCUGCAGCACCAGAGGUACAAGGACGAGGACCGGGGAAGCUACCAGCAGCUGCCCAUGAAGCGCCUCGACCUCAAGCCCACCUUCAGGGUCAACGACGAAAUGCGGGCGUCCGCCCCCAACCUGUCCACUGCCGCCUGAGGGCCCCAGGGGGCCCCUCGACUUCUUCCAGACUCUUCCGGAACCUUCCACUGCCGCCUGUUUUUUUAAUAAUAAUAAUAAUAAUAAUUAUUAUUAUUAUUAUUAUUAUUUUUUUACGAUUUCAUUAUUUUAAAGGGUGAAGUUAAAAUGAGGCUGAAACAUUGACUCGUUCCCUUUAUCAGCAAAACGGGGUUGUGUGUAGGUGG